AUGGCAGACUCAAGAGAACCUCGUAAGAGACGAGCAGCCGUCAAUGAUGACGCGCCAGAUCCAAAGAGAGCAAGAGAUCUGGCCAUCUUCGACCGUUUCGACCAUUUGGAUACCUUGAACGCGGAUCAUGUCGUUAACAGAGACAAGGCUGGGCUGGCUGUCGAAGGUUUCUCCGAGAUAUUGAUGACAUUCGAAGCACAGCGCAAUUCGUCUAAGCUGGAAAUCGAUGCUAUCAAGACCGGAUAUCAACGUCUGUUAGCUGAGAGAGCAGAAACCGAGUCUCGUCACGAAGACGCUAUGACCGACAUUCAAGAGCAGCUCCUAUCAGCGAACCAAGAAGUCAAGCAAGGAACAGAGAACAUGGCUAUCCUCGAGACCGACAAGGAGAUGGCUCUCGAUCAGUCAAGAUUCUUCAGAGAUCAACUAAAGCGCGAGCGUAAGGAGCUGAACGUCGAGAUCACGACGCUCUUUUCGAAGCUGAACAGGAAGGAAAGAGCCUUGAAGUUGGAAAAGCUUGAGAUCGCCAGGCUUCAGACUAAACUCGAAGAAGCAGAGGGCAGCGUGAAGGCCGCGGGCCCUGAGAAACAUAAUCUCACAGCAGCUUUGGCGCAAGUCAAUCAUCUCUCAACAGAGGUCGAAAAGCUGAAAAAAGACCUCGAAGCCUCUCGAGAGAAACACGACAGCCUGGAGGAGGCCGCGCAGUCUGAACUCGACGACGCCUAUGCCGCUAAGAACCAGAUCCUUGAAGACUUGGAGAGUACCGCGGAGAAGCUGCACCUGGAGGAGAAGGAUAGGUUCAAGUUGGAAAACGACUUAGAAGCAACAAAGUCCGACUUGGUGGCAUCGAACGGCGAGAAGAACCAAGUCCGGUCAGACUUUGAUGAGCUCUCAAUUCGCUAUGAAAGUCUCAAAGUUCGGGAAAGACAACUCGCGCAAGAAAAUGAAGAGAACUCAUCAGAGCUCGCGAAGCUAGCAUCGGUCCGCAAUGAGCUCACAUUCUGGCGAACCACAUUCCAGGCCCCCUCGGCAGACCUCGAGACCGUUCGGAAAGAGAAUAACACCCUUCGAGCCAGUAAUGACAGCUCAGAUUCGAAGGUGAAAAGUUUGGAUGCAGCGCUAUCGGAUCUCCAGAUGAAGAACAAAUCCAUUUCUUCAGCACUUGAGAAGGCGAAGCAGAAACUCGAGGCCGCUGAAAGUUAUGAUCAAUAUUCUGUAGGCUACGAAGAGGGAAUGAAGCGAGGUCACGCGGACGAGGUCAUUGACACCAAGAAGAGACUUCACCAGGAGAUGACCGUUGUAAUAAACCGCUUGGUUACUGACUGGUACAAUGAUCAAUUUGGUCCUAGAUACAAGUUCCUUAGCCAAGGGGAAGGGGAAGGCUGGGGCAUAAAUGAAAUCGGCAACUAUUGCAACAUUCCAUGCCUGAAGUUUGCCAAGGAGAUCAUCCGACGUACUCAUGGAACCCGGGAUCAAGCAGCCUCUUACUUGCAGACCUCAGAUCGGUUUCCGGAACUAGAGUACCAAUCGUGGCGGACUGGUCGGGCUCUAGAGCCGAAGUGGAAGAAGAGACUCACAGUGUCCGACAAGAAGCUGGUACUUGAGAUUGACUCAAUGUAUGAAGAGAAUAAGCCAGUCCUUUUCAAAAAUGCACGACGGAUUGCUUUUAAAUUUCUCCAGAGCGAGCGCGCGAUAGUCUUGAGGGCUCUCGAGACCCACCCUUGGACGAAAAAGUGUCAUGCUCGGGACGUCACAGAGCUGAUCGAAGCUUGUAUUCUGGCAUUUGACCGGAAGUUUUGCCUUUGGAUCGCAAACUUGACCCGCACGAUUAUCCCACGAGAGAAUAUUACCUGUCUAGGCAUUUGUUCCUACACUGCUGUACUCGGAUUGGAUGUGGAACGGGUAUUGGGGGAAAAGGGACAAAAGGAAACGUUCGAGCGUCAGCUUAAGUGGUGGGACUCGCUCAGCAAAUGAUUGUCGCACAUACAAGAAUUGCAGGUUGGUAGAGUCAGAACAAUGUGGCUCACUUUGGAGGGAUAUCAGCAUCUGGGGCCGACUUGCGGGGAGUUCAGAGUGCUUGGAAUAAGUAGAC